GUUUAUAUUUCUACUACACCCGCUGGUUUUGUGAUUUUCAGGCGUAAGAUGCCGGGAAUCUUGGGGAUUUAGUCUCUCAGUGGCUAUAGUAGCGGUUUUGGCAGGAAAAGGCACAUUUCUGUAUAAAGUUAAUAAAUAUGGCAACUUUCGCCAAGUUCUCGUCCGUUAUCAGCGGGAGCUGGAACAGAUCCGCGGUCUACGGUUCUGUGAAUGCAGUCCAGACCCGUUCAUUUGGCAGCGGUGAUAUACAGGCGGUGGCCGCCAGGAUAAAGUCGGUAAAGUCCAUCCAAAAGAUCACCAAGGCCAUGAAGAUGGUUGCAGCAUCAAAGUUGAAGGCCGAUCAGCGUAGACUCGAGUGCGGAAGACCAUUCUCUCAACCAGCACAGGAUGUUUUCAACUUGUUACCGAUUGCGACCACGGAACCCACAACAAAGAAUACGGCCCUCAUUGUCAUGGCUUCUGACAAGGGACUUUGUGGAGGUAUCAAUUCAUCCGUGGCCAAGGCGACCAGAAAUCUAAUCCAAAACGCCGAUUCAGCCACCCUCGCUGGGUAUUCUCUAUACGUUAUUGGCGAAAAGGCGAGGAGCGCCUUGGAAAGGAACUUUGGCAAACUCUUCAAAAACGUCUUUACUGAAGUCUCAAAGACUCCCUUCAACUAUGCCAAGGCGGCACUAAUUGCUGAGACCAUAAAGAGCGGCAAUCAUGACAAAAUUAGAAUCGUAUACAACCACUUCAAGUCCGCCAUUAGCUAUGAAACCAAAGUUAUGGAUGUCCUCUCGCUGGAACAGUACAAGAUGAUGACCAAGAGAGAAUUAAACGUAUUUGAGACGGAGCCAGAGUCUGGUUCCUUUUAUCCAGACUUUUACGAGUUUUAUCUUACAUCCUGCAUUUACGGAUGCAUGUUGGACUCCCUCGCAUCGGAGCAAUCGGCAAGAAUGUCUGCUAUGGACAAUGCAUCGUCAAACGCUACAGACAUGUUGAGUAAGCUUACUCUAAAGUACAAUAGGGCAAGGCAGUCCAAGAUUACACUUGAGCUCAUUGAGAUUAUUUCUGGAGCCAAUGCUCUCUAA